AUGACCUUUCCACCCGCACACCACGCACACCCACAUCCGCACACCCACACCCACACACCACAGCAGCACGCCCAGACAUCCCCGUCCAACGCCCCUGCACCCCCUAAUGCCACACUCAAUGCAGCCAAUUCGUCGUCGCUGUCGUCACUGUCGUCGUCGUCGCCGUCUUCGACAUCGACAUCUGUGGCAGAACCUUUUGCCCAUAUCACCACUUUACGAGACCAAGACAGAUUACUCCCCAUCAACAACGUUGCUCGAAUAAUGAAACAAACACUACCGCCUGCCACAAAGGUCUCCAAGGAUGCCAAGCUGCUAGUGCAAGAAUGUCUUUCGGAGUUUAUCUCCUUUGUCACCAGUGAAGCUGCAGACCGAUGCGAUGCAGCUCGUCGAAAGACGCUGAGUGGAGAAGACGUGCUGGUAGCAUUGCAUGAACUUGGCUUUGAGCAUUAUGCAGCAUUGCUACGGAUGGUGUUGGCUCGUCACAGAACAAGACCUCGCCGGCCUCGAUCUGCCAGCACGAACGGGACAGGCCAGUUGCAGGGCCAGGACCAGCCUGACUGGCAAGAGAACGACACGAACACCGAGCCAGGCUCGUAG